GCUCAGGGCCGCUGCUUGGCGCGGCGAUGCUGAAGGCUGCGAUGUGGCCGGCGGGCAGCCCCGGCGCGGCGUGGGCCAGCGAGGCGCUGCUGGUGGCCGCGGCGCUGUGCGCGGCGCUGGCGCUGCUGCGGCGGCUGCGGCGGGCCGUGCCCGCGGGGCUGCGGCGGCCGCCGGGCCCGCGGGGCCUGCCCGUGCUGGGGAACGUGCUGGAGCUGCGCAGGGACACGCACCUGGCGCUGGCGCGGCUGAGCCGGCGCUACGGGGACGUGAUGGAGGUGCGCAUCGGCUCGCGGCCCGUGCUGGUGCUCAGCGGGCUGGACACCAUCCGGCAAGCCCUGGUCAGGCAAGGAGAAGACUUCAUGGGGCGCCCCGACCUCUACAGCUUCCAAUUCGUCACGGACGGGCAGAGCCUGACGUUCAGCCCCGACUCCGGGGAGGUGUGGAAGGCGCGCAGGAAGCUGGCGCAGAGCGCCCUGAAGAGCUUCUCGGCGGCGCCCAGCCCCACGUCGUCCUGUGGCUGCCUGCUGGAGGAGCACGUCUCCAAGGAGGCCGAGUACCUGGUCACCAAGUUCCUGCAGCUGAUGGAGGAGGAGAAGAGGUUCGAGCCCUACCGGUAUGUGGUGGUGUCGGUGGCCAAUGUCAUCUGUGCCAUGUGCUUCGGCAAGCGCUACGAGCACGAGGACCAGGAGCUGCUCCGCCUGGUGAAUUCCACCGAGGAGUUCACCAAUGUGACCGGUGCUGGCAACCCCGCCGACUUCAUCCCCGUGCUGCGCUACCUGCCCAGCCGCAGCAUGAAACUGUUCAUAGAUUUCAACAAGUACCUCCUCAGCUUCCUGCAGAAAAGGGUCAAGGAGCACUACGAGACCUACGACGAGAACAACAUCAGGGACAUCACGGACUCCCUCAUCGAGCAGUGCCUGGACAAAAAGCUGGGAACAAGCACGGCCAUUCAGAUCCCCAAGGAGAAGAUCGUCAACCUCGUGAAUGACCUCUUUGGAGCAGGCUUCGACACCGUCACCACAGCCCUGUCCUGGAGCCUCAUGUACCUUGUGACAUACCCUGACAUCCAGAGGAAGAUCCAGGAGGAGCUCGACCGGACCAUCGGGCGGGAGCGGCGGCCGCGGCUGUCGGACCAGGGCACGCUGCCCUACAUGGAAGCCUUUAUCCUGGAGGUGUUCAGGCACUCCUCCUUCCUGCCCUUCGCCAUCCCACACAGCACGACCAAGGACACGGUGUUGAACGGCUACUACAUCCCAAAGGACACCUGCGUGUUCAUCAACCAGUGGCAGGUGAACCACGACGAGAAGCUUUGGAAGGACCCAGAGACCUUCAGCCCCGAGCGUUUCCUCAGCGCUGACGGGACCAAAGUGAACAAAGACAUUGGGGAGAAGGUGCUGAUGUUCGGCCUGGGGAGGAGGCGCUGCAUCGGGGAGAGCAUCGCCAGGUGCCAGGUGUUCCUCUUCCUGGCCACGCUGCUGCAGCAGCUGCAGUUCAGCGUCUGCGAGGGCAGCAGGGCGGACAUGACCCCGCUCUACGGACUGUCCCUGAAGCACAGGAGGUGUGAGCACUUCCAGGCCAGGCAGCGCUUCCCCACGAGGGGCGAGAGCUGAGCGCGGGGAACAGACACCUCCAGGCUGUCCCUGCAGCAGA